AUGCAUCAUCACCAAAAACUAAAAACAGAACAACUCAGGAUGACUGAGCCCUGCAGCUUCCCAGAGAAUGAAUUGCCAGCAUUUGUCAUCAUUUUGCUUUUAAUAAUUAUAGGCACUGAAUGCAUCAUUGGUAUAAUUGCAAAUGGGUUCAUUGUGGUGAUAAACGCAGCCAUAUGGAUUCAGGAUAAGGCAAUUUCCACAAGUGGCAGGAUCCUGUUUUUCCUGAGUACAUCCAGAAUAACUCUCCAGAGCUUCAUGAUGCUAGAAAUGAUCUUCAGCUCAACAUCCUCAUAUUAUUAUCAUUAUUAUGAAGAUACCGUGUAUGACAUAUUCAGAGUAAGUUUCACCUUCUUCAAUUACUGCAGCCUCUGGUUUUCUGCCUGGUUCAGUUUCUUCUACUUUGUGAAGAUUGCCAAUUUCUCCUGCCCGCUUUUCCUCAAGCUCAAGUGGAGAAUCUCUGGGUUGAUGCCCUGGCUUUUGUGGCUAUCAGUGCUCUUCUCUCUCACCUCCAGCAUACUCCUUGGCAAGGACAUCUACACCAAGUAUUGCAACAAUUCAUUUUCUAUCUCCUCCUCCAACUUCACAAAGAAGCUCUACUUCACUGAAACCAAUGUGGUCAACCUGGCCUUUUUCUAUAACCUGGGCAUCCUCAUUCCUCUGAUAUUGUUCAUUCUGGCAGCCACCCUGCUCAUUGUCUCUCUCAAGAGGCACACCCUGAACAUGGAAAACAAUGCCAAUAGCUCCUGGGACUCCAGGAUAGAGGCACACAUAAGAGCCAUCAAAGAAACCACCUACAUCCUCUUUCUCUACAUUUUCAAUGCAGUUGCUCUGUUUCUUUUUGCAUCCAACAUCUUUGCCAACAACAGUUUCUGGAAUAUUUUGUUUGAAAUCAUCAUGGCUGCCUACCCAGCUGGUGACUCUGUUCUAUUGAUUUGUGACAACCCUGGAUUAAGAAGAACUUGGAAGCAGCUUUAUCUUCAAAUUCAUCGGUACCUAAAAGGGUAG